GAAGCAGGAAGUAAAUACAUAAGAUUCGAGAGGGGCCAGUGGAACAAGCUGUAAGUAGACCUGCAUGAAGACAUUUGAGCGAAAUAAACUGCGAAAAGCGGCACCAUGCUGCCAGGCUACAGCCCUGUCACUCAGGCCUUCCUGGGCACUCUGUUCACCUGGGCCCUGACGGCUGCUGGCGCCGCCCUCGUCUUCAUCUUCUCCAGCAGACAGAAACGCAUUUUGGAUGGCAGUUUAGGCUUCGCAGCUGGGGUGAUGCUGGCUGCUUCCUAUUGGUCGUUGCUGGCUCCGGCGAUCGGCAUGGCAGAGGAUUCUGGGAAAUACGGUGCCUUCGCUUUCGUGCCUGUGGCCGUGGGUUUCACUCUGGGAGCGGCGUUCGUGUACCUCGCCGACCUCGUCAUGCCAAUGCUGGGGUUAGGAGUGGACCCUCAGGUGGCUCUAGCGCUGCCUCCUGACAAGCCUUUGAAGGAGAAGUCGGAGGACCCAUCGUCCUUCCAAUUCUCGGGCCCUGAGGAGAUGACCAUCCGGAUAGGUAGAGGAGGACCCCAUGCAGACAAGAUCGAGAACGGGGAGGUGCACCAGAGGAGGAGAGGCAGCCUCCACGGCCCCGAGGCCCAGGACGCGGACAACAGACAGGAACAGGAAGAGGUGGUGCGCAGAGGGAGCAGCUGGAGACGGAUCAUGCUUCUUAUCCUGGCCAUCACCAUCCACAACAUCCCAGAGGGCCUGGCUGUAGGUGUAGCAUUCGGUGCCAUAGGGAAGACCCCGUCUGCCACUUUUGAGAGCGCCAGGAACCUGGCCAUCGGAAUUGGCAUUCAGAACUUUCCAGAAGGGUUGGCGGUGAGCUUGCCUCUCCGCGGGGCUGGGAUGUCGACGUGGGGAGCCUUCUGGUACGGCCAGCUGAGUGGAAUGGUGGAGCCGGUGGCGGGGUUGCUAGGGGCCGUUGCCGUGGUGCUGGCGGAGCCCCUGUUGCCGUACGCGCUGGCGUUUGCCGCGGGGGCCAUGGUGUACGUGGUGGUGGAUGACAUCAUACCGGAGGCUCAAGUCAGUGGAAACGGGAAACUAGCAUCGUGGACGUCGAUUCUGGGCUUCGUGGUGAUGAUGUCACUGGACGUGGGGUUGGGAUGAUUGUAACCAAGGCGACGACAAAUCCAACGUCAAAAUCCAGAUCGCUCACAAACUAAGGAAGGGACCAAAUAUUCCAGUCUUCUCAAUGCAAAUAAGGGCUCUACAUGUGCAUUCAUUCUUUUGUUGGAUUGAUCAGAGGUUAUUUUUUAAGUUGGUUUGAGCUUUUUCCGUUUUUACUCUCUCAUUUCACCCAGGUUGAUUGUUAUGACCGUGUCCAUAUUAUCCCAUGCAGCUCCGAAUGAACAAAUACUUGAAGGGCAAUGUGUCAUUCUUUUGUGUCAUUUGCUUUCUCAUGUCCGUUUGUGUGUUGUUUGGGAAUAGUCUGGGGAUGAGUUUAGGUUAUUUUAAGUUGUACUUAGUCGUCCAUUUUUAAUCUUGCUGGAUCGUCCAUGCAAUGAAACGGAUGCAAUGCUGUUUACAGUCACAGAAGAUGAAGAGAUUAAUACAUUUAUUAAGUGAUUUAAUUUAAUGUAAUUGCCAUUGGUGUCAAAGUGUAGGGGAGAAUAGUUGUUUUAUGCCUCAAAAAAUGACUUGUAAUAAAAUGUGACAACUAAUCUCAUCUACGUUUUUCUCUGACCAAAUGCUGACAAAGAAAUUACCAAGAAAAAAACAUCAACCAUAUAUUGCCUGUUUUUAUUUCUUAUUUAUUUUCAGUAAGGCACUAUCGAGGGCUGCUAUGUGAAUGUCAGCCCACUCCCACGCCGCUGACUAUUCCGGUAACUCCCCUUUGGUUAGCAGAGGGCUAAACAUAACGUAACAUACAAAUCUAAAUCGUACACCCAUGCGUUUCUAAUUUAGCACGGUGUCUCAGCGUUCCUGCUCUUGUCGUUAUUUAAAUAUUUCACUUCGGGUUGUAUUAAGUGGAGGCAGGCCGCAGAGUGCCUGAAGCCUUCUUAUCAUCCCUCAAUCAGUCAUCCAGCCCUCAUUAUAGUGGUGCGUUGUGAUGGCUGCGGUGUGCAGGAAUGUGUGUUGGAAGUUGGAGGCAGUCUCUCAUUGAGAUCCAUCAGGGAUAGGAUUGAUCAAUUCAUCAAGGCCCUCAAAGCUGAAAGGCAUAACGGGACAGAGCCAUGAAUCCCCAUUGGUUGUUUUAUCAUGAGAACUGUGUGGAAAUACAAGUAUGACAUGGAUACAGUAUAGAGUAACGAAAUAUACAUUGUGUUUAAUAUCAGAUGUUUGGCAUGCACAAUAGUUGUGUUGUAUUCGAUUAUUCAGGACAUUAUCCACACGUUGUAAUGCGUAGCUUUUGGGCCAACUCGUGAUAGAACAUAAGGAUUUUCUAGGCUGUACAUCGCUCUCUGUGUCCAAGGGGCAGAUUUUCCUGGUAAUUCUCUCUUUGAAACAAGGGGGAAUUACUGGCUUAAAAACUCAGUUGAUGGCAAAUGUGUGCAUCUUUUUCUUGUUUCGUGGCAUCGAGUAUAGUAAUGAUAACACUUUGGUCCUAAGUUAUCAUAAGCAUGUCUUUAAAGAGCCGGUAGUUAUGCCUCUGCUCAAAGAUGCCCACAGGUUAGGUGGUCGACAUUUGUGGAACCUAUAACUAGACGCAUCAAACAAUGUCUUUUUUUCUAUUGUAACACAUUUACCGUUUCAACUCUUCACACACAUCACACAGGGUUGACGUCCUUCUAAACAUCCUUUCUCUCGCUCUCUCACACACACACACGCAUGCAUAUGAGAAAGAAAGCACGAGAAAGCGGUGCACAGAAUUGCAGAGAGCUCGACCCAUUUAAUGUAAGUCUAGAACCAGCUGCACGUCUAACAUCGACAAAGAUGACGAAUAUGCCAUAAAGUACAAAACAGAAAAGUGAAACAAAACUAAAAAAUUCUUCAUAACCUCAACAAAAAGCUUAAAAACUAAAA